AUGACUCCAGAAAGCAACAUCAAGUGGCAGAAAUUGAUCAGCGCUGUUCGUGAGCGAGAAAAAUUGGAUGAUGAGCAGCGAGGAACAAGUUAUUUGCCCGAGGAACUAAGUGGUAUAGAGGUGCUACCUCUACCUUCGCCUGAGAAGGCCCUAGAGCGCCUGGAGGAAGCCUUAAGGAUAUCUGGCUCCAGUGACUCGAAGUCAUGUCCUGCAUUUCCUGAUCUCUACGAUAAUCUGGCAAAAGCUGGUUAUGACCAGAGGGUUUUUGCUAGAUUCGUCAUUGAACUCAUUAAUCUCAUAAAGUCGCAUCAUGACGUGAAGGUUGCGCUGGAUGUUAUUUCGGAGGCGGUUAUAAGAUGUAGAUUAAAGGUUGUUGUUGACCACGGCUGCUCAGUUGUGGACGAAAUUCUUUCCAAAGAACAUUCCGAUGAACACUUUUUCUUUCUGGUUGAAUAUCGCUAUUGUUGGGUGAGACCUUGA